CUUUUGGCUUCUUUCUUCUGUGGUUGAUGCUUCUGCUUGGAGCUGCCGGGCAAGUGCAGGAUGUGCAGCAGGUUCCUGAGACAGCUAUUGGCUCAGGAGAGCCAGCACUCCACCCCCGUGGGGCGCUUCCUUCUUCCCGUGCUCAUGGGAUUCCGUCUCCUGAUCCUGGUUUCCAGUGGUCCUGGGGUUUUCGGCGAUGAUGAGAACGAAUUCAUAUGUCAUUUAGGGCAGCCAGGCUGCAAGACCAUUUGCUAUGAUGUCUUCCGCCCUCUUUCUCCGUUGCGCUUCUGGGCCUUCCAAGUCAUCCUGAUGGCCAUUCCCAGUGCCAUUUAUGUGGCUUUCACUCUGUAUCAUGUAAUUGGUUACUGGGAGGUACCAGGAAAGGAGAACAAGGAGCAAGAGGCACGGAUUUGCACAGGGGACCAUAGCAAGGAUAUCUCAGGGGCUAAAAGCCUCAAGCUUCUCUGGGCCUAUGUGGCACACCUUGGGGUGCGGCUGAUCCUUGAGGGAGCAGCUCUAGGAGUUCAGUACCAUCUGUAUGGCUUCAAGAUGCCCAGCACUUUUACAUGUCGUGAGGAUCCUUGCAUUGGCAGCACAACCUGUUUCCAGUCUCACCCUUCUGAGAAGACCAUCUUUCUCAAUACCAUGUUUGGGAUCAGCGGGGCCUGUCUCGUAUUUAUUUUCUUGGAGCUUGUGCUUUUGGGUUUAGGGAGGUUUUGGAGGAUGUACAAGCACAAACUUCCCUUCUUAAAGAACUUGCCAACCUCAGAGAGCUCUGUAAGACGCAAGGACACAACCGACGACUUGUCAGUGGUGGAGACAAAAGAGCCAUUUUAAGGAGCAGAGUUGUAAAGUUGUCUGGCUUGUCUGCAGAAAACUCUGGGACUUGAUCUUCUUCAGUAAAUCCAACGAGGUGGCCGGGGAGAUGGUGCAGUGGGUAAAGGUGUUUGCCAUCAAGCCUCGUGGUCUGAGACUGAUCUCCAGAACCCACAUGGAGAAGGGAAAAAACAAACUCCCACAAAUUGUCCACAUACAUGCCACAGAGAGUGCACACAUGCACACACACACACACACACACACACACACACUCACACACACACACACACCAAAACCAAACCUCCUGCAUCAAUUAGCUGUCACUUCUAACUUAUCUCUCCUGUCUCUCUACUAAACAUAAGCAAACACCAGCCUACUUUCUGUUCUAAUGGGUUAUCUAUCCCACUCUGGAAUUUUAUAGAAAUGGAAUCAUACAAUAUGUUUAUUAAUCACUUGUGUAUCUUUGUAAAAAAUACCAAUUUUUUGCCAAUUAAAAUUAGAUUAUUUAUUUCUUUGAGUUGUAAAAACUCUUUAUAUGUUAUUAUUGUUAGAUACUUAUCGAGUGACUCAUUUCAAAACAUUCUCUUCUAUUCCAUGGAUCAUCUUCAUUUUUUUCUUGAGUAGCAUUUCUUUAAAAUUAUUUAUUCUUUGAUAAUUUCCUACAUGUAUACAGUGUAUUUUGAUCAUGUCUAUCUCCACAUCCCUGUAUAAUUGCUCUUGGAUCUCCUGUCAUGUCCCUAUCUUAACUUCUUGUUCUCUUCUUUUCUUUAUAACCCACUGAGAACAAAAGUUAGUAUUACUCAAAUGUGCAUUGGCGUGAAGCCAUCAACCAGAACGUGGUCAACCUACUUGAUGCCUUACCUCUGAAGAAGAUGGAGUCUUCCUCCCCCAGCAUUGAUCAACUGCCACCAGUUCCUCAGCUGUGGGUAGUCCCUCACUCAUUCAUGCUGUAAUGCUGAGUGUCUUGAGCUUGUGCAGGCAACCACUGCUUCUGUGAGUUUAUGAGUGCAACUCCCUACUGUGUUCAGAAGACGUUGUUUCAUAGCAGAUCUCCCAGAGCACUGGCCCUUUAAAAUUUUCUUUCCCAUUUCCCUAUCUUCUCUGAUGUUCCCUUGAGCUUUAGGGGAAAGGGUGUGAUAGAAAUGUCUCAUUUGGGUCUGAAUAUUCUAUAGACACCUGUUUCUGCAUUC